AUGUCGCUCAUAAAACUCGCCCAGCCACGGACCCCGUGCGACCCCUCCUCCACCACCGGGCUUCAGAGCCCACAGGCCACCGUCCGCCACGGCGCGGGCGCGGGAACCCAGCGCCGGGCAAUGGGUGAGUUGUCUGCGUCAGGGCCGGGAGAGGAGGGUGAGCGCCAUCCGGUGCCAUCCUGCUUCCCCGCCAAGUUAGGAGAGUGGGUGCCCCGACCCCCGGCUACGAGCAGCCCUGAGGAGGGUGGUGCUCAGGUUUUUGGCCGCCGAGGCCAGCGCCGGCGGCGGAAAGGGCUCCGGGCUGCCAGCGGCACCAACAUGGCUGCCGCGGAAAAGGGUCCAGGCUGGGCCGCACGUCUCAACUUUCCACCCCCCGCUCUCACAGGCAUCUCUCGGGACAACUGGCACAAGCGCCGCAAGACCGGGGGCAAGAGAAAGCCCUACCACAAGAAGAGGAAGUAUGAGCUGGGACGCCCUGCUGCCAACACUAAGAUUGGCCCCCGCCGCAUACACACUGUCCGUGUGCGGGGAGGCAACAAGAAGUACCGUGCCUUGAGGCUGGAUGUGGGAAACUUCUCCUGGGGCUCCGAGUGUUGUACACGCAAAACAAGGAUCAUUGAUGUUGUCUACAACGCAUCCAACAAUGAACUGGUCCGCACCAAGACCUUGGUGAAGAACUGCAUCGUGCUUGUUGACAGCACACCAUACCGACAGUGGUACGAGUCCCACUAUGCACUGCCCCUGGGCCGCAAGAAGGGUGCCAAACUGACUCCUGAGGAGGAAGAGAUUUUAAACAAGAAGAGAUCAAAGAAAAUUCAGAAGAAAUACGAUGAAAGGAAAAAGAAUGCCAAAAUCAGCAGUCUUCUGGAGGAGCAGUUCCAGCAGGGCAAGCUGCUUGCAUGCAUUGCUUCAAGACCAGGCCAGUGUGGCCGAGCAGAUGGCUACGUGCUUGAGGGCAAGGAGCUGGAGUUCUAUCUGAGGAAAAUCAAGGCCCGAAAAGGCAAAUAAGUUCUCUUCCUGUCCUAGCUCAUGUAAUAAAGGGUCUGUUGUUCUAUG